AGGGGCCAGGCAGUCUGGCGCAGCGGCACCAGAUCCGGGCGUCCGAAUGCCGAGCGACCGGAGAGAGCACCGCGGACAGCUGGGCCUGGCGGUGAGUGCGGGACUCCGGCCUGUGCGCGGGCGCCGGGCUGGGUACCUGCCGCUCGAGCGACCCAUUGCUUGGCGCCUCGCGAGCGCCUCUAGUCUGCGAAGCCCCUUCCUCCGCACGCGCCGACUCCUGAGUCCCCGGCCUGGUGCAGAGGAGCUGCAGACUCGGGGAUUACGGCUGGAGGUUCUGGAACCAGAAAGGGGAGGCUUCAGCCCUAGGCGGGGGCAGAAUUGCGGCCUCCGGCUGCCGCAGCCUCGGACCUGAGCUGCCCGAGCCGCUGCGGGUCCCGGCAGGGAGAGGGCGAGGCUGAUGCGAACAUCUCCGCGCUCAGUUUUCUGGACUUGCUGCAAGGCGGGCAGGUGCAGCUGCUAAAGACCUCUCCCUAACCCGGUGCGGUGCACUCUGCUACGCUUCCCUCCUCAGCCCCAUUCUCCGGUCUCAUUGCUGCCCCGGGGCCCAGCUGCCACUUGCCUGGCGAUGCUCUCACACUUUGGACUCUUCUGACAUUAUUGAGCUGACGCUUUGGGACAUCAGAUUCAGGUCGUAUGGGGAGAGAAGCGUGUGACUUUGCAAGGUGUGAUGUGGAAACCCUGGUCUGUCACCCAACUCCGCUUGAUCAAAGGCCAAUAGGGUGGUGGAGGAUUGCUGCCAAUUUCCUAAAGAUGAAGAAUCACAUUGCUCAAUGGGCCUUCCCCUUCCUCAGUGUGGUUAUCAUUUGGAACAUCAGGGUGUAACUUGAAGCUGGCGGGACUCCCAGACCCUGAUCAUUAAUUGUCUGAUUCCACGCAGUGGAGGCAGCAACACGCUUUCCUCCAAGCAGGAAGAAUGGUAUAAAAAUGAGAAAACAUCAACCCGUGCUUUGAAUGUGGCAAGAAAAGAAGAAGCGUUGUCAUGAUUGCUUGAAUUCAGGACUUUACACUGGAAGGAAAGUUAGAUGUAAGCUCUAAUCUCUUAGUUCUAAUAAGCAUCUCUUCUUGGGAACUGGAAAUUUAAAAAAAAAAGGAGUCCUUUGAAGAAAAAUGUGCCUCUUAAAUCAACCCCAGCCUCUCCUCCAUACAAAGAACUCUUAAUGAUACUAGCAGAAAAGAAACAAAUUCCGCUAAAAGCUCAUCUGCAGAUCAGAAGAACAAAGACAUGGAGUUUUGAGGAGUGAAGGUAGCAUGGCGUCGGCCAUGGGUGAUCAAGACACAGCCAGACAAUGUGGAUCAGUUUCUUCAAACUACGGCUUUUCUGCUGUCUGCUUGCAGUGCUGAUGGUGGUGGUGCUGGUCAUCAAUGUGACUCAGGUAGAGUACUUGGACCAUGAGACUGUUUCAGCCACAUUCAUCGAUAGUAGUGGACAGUUUGUUUCCUCCCAGGUGACAGGAAUUAGCCGGAAUCCUUACUGUGGCUAUGAGCAUCAGACUCUGUCCAGCCGGGAGCGCAUGGAGGAGGACUCCUUGCUGGCUGCCUUACAGUGGCAGGUGCCUGAUGUGGGUCCAGUCCCCUUUCUGAAGAGCACUGACCCUUCUUCCAGCUACUUUGUUAUCUUGAACUCUGCAGCCUUCUUCAAGGUGGGAAGCCAGCUAGAAGUGCUGGUUCAUGUACAGGAUUUUCAAAGAAUGCCCAAGAAAUAUGGUGGAGACUACCUGCAGGCCAGAAUCCACUCCCCAAAGCUGCAAGCAGGGGCUGUGGGCAGAGUGGUAGACUACCAGAAUGGGUUUUACAAGGUCUUUUUUACUUUGCUCUGGCCGGGCAAAGUUAAAGUGUCCAUAUCUCUCGUCCACCCCACUGAAGGGAUCAGAGUUCUUCAGCACCUACAAGAAGAGAAACCACACAGGGUCUAUUUCAAGAGUCUGUUCCGUUCAGGAAGAAUUUCUGAAACCACGGAGUGCAAUGUGUGUCUUCCUGGCAGUCUGCCCCUGUGUAACUUUACAGAUCUCUACACUGGAGAACCCUGGUUCUGUUUCAAACCAAAGAAGCUCCCUUGCAGUAGUAGAAUUAACCAUUUCAAAGGUGGAUACCUGAAGGGCCUUCUAACGGCUGCAGAGAACGCUUUCUUCCAGAGUGGUGUUAAUAUCAAAAUGCCAAUCAACUCCAGUGGACCUGAUUGGGUGACUGUGAUUCCCAGGAGAAUAAAAGAAACGAACAAUCUAGAACUCUCUCAAGGCUCAGGAACUUUUCCUUCUGGGUAUUAUUACAAAGACCAGUGGAGGCCCAGAAAGUUUAAGAUGCGCCAGUUUAAUGACCCCGACAAUAUCACAGAAUGCUUACAAAGAAAAGUGGUGUAUUUAUUUGGUGACUCAACAAUCAGGCAGUGGUUUGAAUACCUUACUACAUUUGUUCCAGAUUUAGUGGAGUUUAACUUGGGUAGUCCCAAGAAUGUGGGUCCUUUCCUUGCGGUGGACCAGAAGCACAACAUCCUGCUCAAAUACCGCUGCCAUGGUCCACCCAUCCGUUUUACAACCGUCUUUAGCAAUGAGCUCCAUUAUGUGGCAAAUGAACUGAAUGGCAUCGUGGGCGGGAAGAACACCGUGGUUGCCAUAGCUGUAUGGUCUCAUUUUAGCACCUUCCCCUUGGAAGUGUACAUCCGGCGGCUCAGGAAUAUCCGUCGAGCAGUGGUCCAGCUCCUGGAUCGAAGUCCUAAGACCGUGGUAGUCAUCCGAACAGCCAAUGCCCAAGAGCUGGGGCCUGAGGUGAGCCUUUUCAACAGUGACUGGUACAACUUUCAGCUGGACACCAUCCUUCGGAAGAUGUUUUCAGGGGUUGGAGUGUAUCUUGUUGAUGCCUGGGAGAUGACCCUGGCUCAUUAUUUACCCCACAAGCUACAUCCAGAUGAAGUUAUUGUGAAGAACCAACUGGACAUGUUCUUGUCCUUUGUGUGCCCCUUGGAGACCUAGCCUGCCCUGGAGGGGACUGGAGGACUCGUAUUACCUGCAGUAGAGGAAGUUUAUGGCUGGCCCCAUGGAGAGAUGGCUGCUAUUGACAUGUACACAAUUUCAAAAGGAACUGGACUUUAUAUAAGACUUAUAAGGAGCUUAGAAAAUGCAGGAUGCAUUUAUGUCUACCUACAGGAUUUUUUCCAAUCUUUACAUAGCCAUGGGAGAACCAUUAUUAACAACAUCUACGCAUUGUAUUGCCCUUGUAACCAAAGAUGCUAGUGAGUGUGUUUGAAUUAGCCUCUCCUGAGAGGGGAGAUUACUAUGCUAAAAACUGUGAAAAGUGUUCUGACCUAAGUGGUUGGUAGUGGAGUGUUUGUAGCUUAUCUGGUAAAGGAGAUUGAGCUUAUCUGUAUGAAUAGCACAGUUGGUCCAUCUUUGGUGGGAUGAACUAAUAAGGCUUCUGGUCAGUGGCUCCUGUAACACACUGGGGACUGCUGUGUCUCAGGAGUUUCUUUCAGUGAUCCAUCUUUUCUGAAUUGCUUGAAUAGGCCAGUAUCCUUGGUCAGAACUUUCUAGUGAGAAUAUUGACAAUAUCCUGCUUUUAUCUAGAAAAGAAGCAAAAGGAAAAUAUGAAAGCAGUACACAAAAUCUGUGUGUCGAAUUGACACUUGCACUGGGGGAUAGUUACUUAUUUCAGCUAAAUUUUACAUGAUGAAUACUUUAAUCACUUUUGGAACUGGAAGGGGGAAUCUAUAAAUGGAAAUUUAUUUUUGUGUUUUGAAGUUUGAGGGUUUUAAGAACUGAAUUUUAUGUAAAGGAUGCUAUUGUUUAUUAUAAAGUUGUAGAAGUUACUUCCAUCAA